AGCGGGAACCCUGGACUCUUGCCAUGGAGGGGUCUACAUCUAGCGAGCCAAUGCUGGACGCUAAAUCCGAAGUCACCAACCAGUGACUGUCAGCCGCGGCCAUGCACUGCUUCUUCCCCCUUGCACUUGAGAUGGUAGUCGCUGCCAUGUGACUUCAGCUCCUCCGCCUGACCCCAGCCCAGAGUACAGACCGAGUAUUGUUCUUCCUUGGUUAAGCGACCUUUAUUCGAAGCUCAUAGAUUUCCAGUGGAAACUGGGAAUGGCAGUUAGCUCGGACAGCUGCAGAUCUCUUAAGUAUCCUUAUGUUGCUGUGAUGCUGAAAGUGGCAGAUCAUUCUGGCCAAGUAAAGAACAAGUCCUUUGAAAUGACAAUUCCUCAGUUUCAGAAUUUCUACAAACAGUUCAAGGAAAUUGCUGCCGUUAUUGAAACUGUGUGAAAACUGAUUAUUUGGUUGAUCAAUUGCUGUCAUCAUUCAAAAAUGGUGGAUUUCACCUCCUGUAAAAGAACUGCAUAAGGAUCAAAUGAUAUUUAUUCAAUGAAAAUUGCACUUCUGGCUUUUUAUUUUUUAAAUAAUAAAAAAUGAGAUACACAGGAAUUAGAGAGUAGUGAUGUGUACACAACUUUGUGAGUGUGCUAGAAGCAACUGACUUGAGUGCUUUGUGAUUGUGGUAUGUGAAUUAUAUCUUAAAAAUCAGAAAACAAUUGAAUGAAGACAACACAGUUUAUUUAUUACAACAAUAGUUUGAAAACUUGUAAAAUGGAGGGCAGGAGGGAAAAAUUAAUCUUCUCUGGUGGUGGGGACCAGUUGGAGGAGGUAAGCACAAGGAAAGGGGUAAUGAAUGUGUAUAUGGUGGCCAUAUUUUGUAUUCAUAUAUGAAAAUAGAAGAUGAAACCUGUUGAAAUUGUUUUAAGAAGCGGGGAAG